AUGCAGUCUAACCUAUCAGCAAUCGCGGCGUGGUCAGGAGCUGCAUUGCUACCUAGCCACAGCCCCUUUCAUGAUGACGAUUUGUCUGACUGUGGGAGUCUGGCGGUCUUCCUGAAGCAAGUAGGUCGUUACUCAACGCGGCCAGAUAACGAUCAAUGGACAGCUUUGAUGGACUACAGAGGUUCUCGAUUCAAGAGUCGCAGAGACGUAGUGUGUUUCGAGUCUCUAAAACGAGAAGACGAUGAAUCAAGUAGAGUUCAGCUCAUUCGGCUGUUAGAUGGACUGCACCACGACAGGCAGUGUUCCUACAGUGGCGUCUUAAAGCGGCCGUACCAAGUAUCCGCAGGGAGUUCCCGUGCCUGA